GCCGCGCGCCCUGCGCAGCGCCGUCAUGGCGGCCUCCGCGGCGGAGGCCCGGGCGCUGUUCGCGGAGGGCGUGGGGGCCGUGCUGGGGGGGUGGGCGGCGCUGCAGUUGGCCGUGGCCCAGGGCUUUGGGGGGCCGCAGGGCCCCGAAAAGGCCGCCUGGCUCCGCUCGGCCCUGCUCGAUUUCUUCACCCAGAACGCUGACCUGGAGCAGGAGGAGGUGGAGGAUUUCCUGGCUGAGGUGAUGGACAACGAGUUCGACACCGUGGUGGAGGACGGCAGCCUGGAGCAGGUGAGCCGGGAGCUGCUGACGUUGUUCUCCCGGGCGCGGGGGGGGGACACGGUGGGGGUGGGGGCGGCCCUGGGGGCUCUGGCCCGAAGGGGCCCUGCCCUGGCCACCGCCCUGGCCACGGCCCGGCCCGGGGGGGACCCCCAGAGCCCCCCCGGGACCCCCCCGAGCUCCCCCGGGACACCCCAGAGCCCCCCUGGGACACCCCCUGGCCACGAGCAGGAGGAAGAGGAGGAAGAGGCGAUGGAGUGCGGGACACCCCCGCCCCCCCCCGACGGCUGGACCCUCGUGCAGCGACGGCGGCGGCGAUGAGUGGGGGGAGGGGUGUCGUGUGUGUACCCCCCCCAGAUUGGGGGACACCCCUCCCCCACCCUGCUCCCCAAAUUGGGGGGGAAUAAAGGCCCCUCCCCCAAAGGGGGAUGUGGGAA